AUGAAUCCAGCCGAUAGAGAAGAUCGCCAUCGCUUGUGGCAAAUUAGCAUCCAAAGGCCAGCUCGCUUGAGUCGAGGAGAUCUUGCGCCGCAGUCGUGGCAAGAUUAUGAGCGUCCGUGCCAGGGCAUCGACGGCUUUCGUGUACAGUUGUGGAUUUUCUUCGUGUAUGGUUCCCAUUUUAGGGUUUGUGGGCAAGGGCGCUUCUUCCCGCUGCCAGUAGUUCUUCUUUUGCUGGAUCCCAUAGCUGCGCUCAUCUCGCAUGGACUGCCGGCGCGGCCGGGCAUUGUCGCCAUGAAUCGACUCAGGAUCUUUUCAGGGCGGCGCCGAGGCUUGGACUUGAUGUCGAGCCCUGAUUCUGUGAGUUCGUCGUCAUCGAAAGGGCCUGGCUAUGCCUCAACCAGCGCGGCGAUUGUUAUCCUCGACGACGAUGACGAUGUCCAAGUCUGUUCGCCCAGAUCGUUUGCUCAGGCCGUGGGCGAUGAAAAUCAUACCGAGGAAGACCUUCUACAACUGCGAUUGGGAUUUUCCGGGUCGAAGCCUCCACGAAAAUCGAGAAAGCUACAAUCUAGAGCUCGACAGCAGCAGCAGCAGCCACAACAACAACAACAACAACGACAUAGAUCAAAGCGUGUUCAUCCCACAACGAUCGAUCUCACCACGGAAGAUUGCGAGGUUGUGUACGAGAGACCCCAGAAGAAGAAGAUGGCUGCUCCAGCGCCUCCUCCGGCCAAGGAACCAUCGCUCACUUGCGGCAUUUGCUUCGACACGAUGAAGAACGAGACGUCCACGGUUUGUGGGCAUUUGUUCUGCGGGAGUUGCAUUCUAUCCGCCAUCCAGGCCCAGAAGAGGUGCCCGACUUGCCGGAGAAAACUCACCAAUUCGAUGGUCCAUCGGAUCUAUAUCUCUGGAAAUUCCACUGGCUAAGAACCAGCCCAAAUUUCUCACGCUCAUUGUCACAGGGAAAGCUUUUUGUGACACCUCCAUAGGUUGUACAGAUUUUUACAUAGAAAAUUUCUGGCUGCCCUGCGUGGCACUAUUUU